UCGGGGCGGUGCCCAGAAGGUUCAGUGACUGCCAUUGCUCCUGGCUGGGCUGUCGUUUUUUGCUCACAGACGACUUCAGCCAAAUGAAGCCCCCUGCAUAGUGGUGGCGGGGACCUAAGGGGAGGUGCCGACGAAGCCCGCACGCCGUCCCCAGCUAUACUUUGCGACCCAGUAUCGGCUCUCGGAGGCCGCCUUGUUGCUAGGCAGCCGCGUCUAGGCGCGGGAGGCGGGGUGGGCAAUGGACCAGUACUGCAUCCUAGGCCGCAUCGGAGAGGGUGCACAUGGCAUCGUCUUCAAGGCCAAGCACGUGGAGACUGGAGAGAUCGUUGCUCUCAAGAAGGUGGCUCUGCGGCGGCUGGAGGAUGGCAUCCCCAACCAGGCCCUGCGAGAGAUCAAGGCCCUGCAGGAGAUCGAGGACAAUCAGUAUGUGGUGCAGCUGAAGGCUGUGUUCCCACAUGGGGCAGGCUUCGUGCUGGCCUUCGAGUUUAUGCUGUCAGAUCUGGCUGAGGUGGUGCGCCACGCCCAGAGGCCACUGGCCCAAGCACAAGUCAAGAGCUACCUGCAGAUGCUGCUUAAAGGCGUCGCCUUCUGCCAUGCCAACAACAUCGUGCAUCGGGACCUGAAACCAGCCAACCUGCUCAUCAGUGCCUCGGGCCAGCUCAAGAUAGCAGACUUUGGCCUGGCCCGGGUCUUUUCUCCAGAUGGCAGCCGCCUCUACACGCACCAGGUGGCCACCAGGUGGUACCGAGCCCCCGAGCUCCUGUACGGUGCCCGCCAGUAUGACCAGGGCGUGGACCUGUGGGCCGUGGGCUGUAUCCUAGGGGAGCUGUUGAAUGGGUCCCCGCUGUUCCCAGGGGAGAACGACAUCGAACAGCUUUGCUGUGUGCUUCGCAUCUUAGGCACUCCCAGCCCUCAAGUCUGGCCGGAGAUCAUGGAGCUGCCGGACUACAACAAGAUCUCCUUCAAGGAGCAAGCACCUGUGCCCCUGGGGGAGGUGCUGCCUGAUGCCUCUCCCCAGGCCUUGGACCUGCUGGGGCAGUUCCUUCUCUACCCUCCACGCCAGCGCAUUUCGGCCUCCCAGGUCUGGAAUGAGGUUUCAAGAACCAAGGAAUUGUGGAGGCAGCUUUGUCUGAGACGCUGGUCCUCCUGUAAAGACUCCCAGAUGACCCUAGGCACACAAACAUGGAAACAGUACUAUCUCUGCCGAUCGGAGCUGGAGUUCCGAAUGGAAUCCGGACGGCCAGAGAAGGAUUUCAUCUGCAAAGCCAUUGCUGGGCACAAAGGAGAGAUAGAUGAGCUGGCCUACAUCUCAACCAACGAGUACCGCUUUGAUGGGCAGGAGAAGUCUGUGGUGUGCACUGUGUCCUCAGAUGGCACCGUGCGUGCCUGGGAUCUGCAAGAGGGCACAGAGAUCUGGUCGAGUCCUCUACAGCCUGCUGCUCUGGUGAAUUUGGUGACCUACCCUCGGCUACAGCUGGUUGUCACUGUGGACGAGCGGGGACUAAUCAAAGUGUGGGAAGCAGAAAAUGGGUGGGAGUCAGCUUCCUUCUUUCUGCCUACACACUCAUCUGCAUUGGAGGCCUGUGACCAUCCAGAGGGCCCCCUCCUGCUGGCAGCUUCUGCUGACGGAGCACUCUACACGCUGACCAUACCCCGGCUGCAACUGAUGUCCAGGGUGAGCAUGUUCCCGAACCACCCUGCCAGUCUGCUCUGCUCUCCUGACCACCAGUGGGUGUUUGCAUCGACCCAGAACUCAGACCUGGGUCCCAAGGUGUUCCACAUGCGCUCCUUGCUGUGUCCAUUGGAAGAUGAGGCUCCUGUCUCCACUGCUCUCCCCAUCUGGCUGACUUCCAGAGCCUGCUGGGCCCCCAACAAGGCAGCUAGGCUAAUGGUGAUGCAUAGAAAUGACAACGGCAUGCAGUUGGUUAUCACCACCUAUGAGCUAGGAGCCAAGAAGUCCAGGAAUGGAGUGGACAUUCUAGUACAACAGAUCGCAAGUUUCAUCCUGCCAGACACCAUGAUGCCUCCUCAUCUCAUGAAGGGUCAUAGCUCCCAAGUGAUUCUACUGGUGUCUGGGUCGGAGCUCGUGCUUUUUACCAUACAUGGCCUGCAGCUAGCAGCCUUCCAGGACCACCAGAAGCCCAUCACGUCCAUGUGGGUGGACCAGAGCCGAGUCAUCACCUCUUCCUUUGACCUCUCCUUGCGAGUCUACAUGUGGAAUAAGGACAAUAAAUUUCCUGUCCUCAAGAGCUGUUAUCACUUGCUCGGGGGUUCUCACCGAUGGGCCAGUGGAUUUACUCAUGUGGAAAGCGACAGCAUGAGCAUUGUAGGCGUGGAAGCCAGAAGCAUCGGCACAAGUAUUCUGAGGUCAUAUUACUUCCAAGUGCAACGGGGCUGAGAUGACCACAUUGAUCAUCUCCCUUUGGUGAAGAGCUUGUAUGCACACAAGGCCAAAAUGAUUAUCAAAAUUGAGACAAGAAUUACUAAUUCUCAAAUACCUACUAAGGGCAGGCACUGUGCUAUGUGAGUUUAUUUUUAAAUCUUCACAGGAAGCCAAUGAAGUAGGCAUGAUUAUCUCUUUUUCAGACAAGGAACAGGAAAUGUAACAGGGGAGUCAUUAACCCAUUGUUAGCCCAUGGUCCAGCUGCCUAUCAGCCUGCCCAGAGCUAUUCAGAUAGUAGCAGAGUGGAGAGGAUGCAUGACAGGGGACUAGAAAGCCCACGCUUAAAGUGCUGGGAUUGUAACAGUCGUUUUUGUUGUUUAAAUAUAUAAGUAAAUAUUUUUUAUCUUCCUAUCCUGUGUAAUUUGCUUUAGACACACAUUAAUAAACAGUUCUUGCUGUCACGUA